AUGGCAUCUCCACGCAGGAUGGACCCGGAGCUGCCGGAGUACAGAAACUAUGUGGUUUCUCGGCCUGUCUACAACGAACCCUCCUUCCUGGAGCAGCACGAGCGGCAGCUGCGUGAGCGCCAGACAGUCCGCGAGAAGCUGGUCAAAUGCUGCAGUUGUUCCAGAAGGAGGGCCAUUCGGAUGCUGAAGUCUCUUUUACCCAUCUUGGAGUGGCUACCCAAAUACCGAGUAAAAGAAUGGCUACUUAGUGACACAAUUUCUGGUGUUAGCACCGGGCUUGUAGCCACUUUACAAGGUAUGGCAUAUGCACUCCUGGCUGCAGUUCCUGUUGGAUAUGGCCUUUACUCUGCUUUCUUUCCGAUUUUGACAUAUUUUAUCUUUGGAACAUCAAGACACAUCUCAGUUGGACCCUUUCCUGUGGUCAGUUUGAUGGUGGGAUCUGUUGUUCUAAGCAUGGCCCCUGAUGAACAGUUUAUCUUGCCUAGCACCAAUGAUACAGUCGACAACAUUACCAGAAUAGACUCUGGUGCCAGAGAUGCAGAGAGAGUGUUAAUUGCCAGCACCCUCACUGUUUUAGUAGGCAUUAUACAGUUGGUAUUAGGAGGUUUGCAGAUUGGAUUCAUCGUUAGAUAUCUCGCAGACCCAUUAGUCGGAGGAUUCACAACAGCUGCUGCCUUUCAAGUAUUUGUCUCACAGCUGAAAAUUGUCCUCAAUGUUUCCACCAAAAAUUAUAAUGGUGUCCUCUCAAUAAUAUAUACUCUGGUUGAGAUAUUUGAGAAAAUUGGUACUACAAACAUUGCAGAUUUCGUUGCUGGACUGCUUACCAUUAUUAUCUGCUUAGCUGUUAAGGAAAUAAAUGAUAGAUUCAAACACAAAAUUCCUAUUCCUAUUCCUAUAGAAGUGAUUGUGACAAUUAUAGCUACAGCCAUUUCAUAUGGAGUCGACCUAGAAAAAAAGUACAAUGCUGGUAUUGUUAAAUCCAUUCCAAGGGGGUUUUUGCCCCCUGCUCUUCCAUCAGUAAACUUGUUUUCUCAGAUGGUUGCUGCUUCAUUUUCCAUUGCUGUGGUGGCCUAUGCAAUUGCUGUGUCUGUAGGGAAAGUCUAUGCUACCAAGUAUGAUUACGCCAUUGAUGGGAACCAGGAAUUUAUUGCCUUUGGGAUCAGCAAUAUCUUUUCUGGAUUCUUCUCCUGUUUUGUGGCUACCACUGCUCUGUCACGCACUGCUGUUCAAGAAAGCACCGGGGGAAAAACACAGGUUGCUGGCAUUAUCUCAGCCCUGAUUGUAAUGAUUGCAAUUGUGGCUUUGGGGAAGCUGCUAGAACCCUUGCAAAAGUCUGUCUUGGCUGCUGUUGUCAUUGCCAACCUGAAAGGAAUGUUUAUGCAAGUGCGUGAUGUUCCUCGUCUGUGGAGACAGAAUAAGAUUGAUGCUGUCAUCUGGGUGUUUACAUGCAUAGCAUCCAUCAUUCUGGGUCUUGACCUGGGAUUGCUUGCUGGCCUUCUGUUUGGAUUACUGACUGUGGUCCUGAGAGUUCAGUUUCCCUCAUGGAAUAACCUUGGAAAUGUCCCUGGCACAGACCUCUACAAAAGCACCAAGGAUUACAAGAAUGUCGAUGAACCCGAAGGAGUGAAGAUUGUUAGCUUUUAUAGUCCUAUUUUUUAUGGCAAUAUCGAUGGCUUUAAAAAAUGUCUCAAGUCCACAGUUGGGUUUGAUGCAGUUCGAGUUUACAAUAAGAGGCUAAAAGCACUGAGGAAGAUACAGAAACUCAUUAAAAAGGGACAGCUACGAGCAACAAAGAAUGGCGUUGUCAGUGAUGCCUGUGCCACUAAUCAAGGUUUUGAGCCUGAUGAAGAUCCUGAAGAUCCUGAAGACCUGAAUAUCCCAACUAAGGAAAUAGAGAUCCGAGUAGACUGGAAUUCAGAACUUCCUGUCAAAGUGAAUGUUCCCAAAGUCCCCAUUCACAGCCUGAUCCUCGAUUUUGGAGCAGUAUCAUUCCUGGAUAUUGUUGCAGUGAGAUCACUACGAAUGAUUGUAAAAGAAUUCCAUAGAAUUGAUGUGAAUGUGUACUUUGCUUCACUUAAAGACCAUGUGAUAGCAAAACUGGAGCAAUGUGGCUUCUAUGAAGAUAAUAUUGUAAUGGACAUGUUCUUCCUGACUGUUCAUGAUGCUGUGUUAUACAUACAGAGUCAAGUUAAAACCCAAACUAUUCAAGACCCUAUCUUGGAAAAGAUUAAUCUGAUACAAGAAUAUAAAGAUCCUCUUGAAUUAACGGACAGAGAGAUGAAUGAAGAUGGUCUUGAUGUCCAGGAUGAGGCAAUGCGUAGACUCGCUUCCUGA